AUCUAAGGGAAGGAGGCGGGGUUCCCGUCCAGGGGGGCGGAAGAUGGCGGCAGGAACGGGCCCGGGGGUCCCGGACGGGGGCCCCGAGGUGCCAAACCGCGACCGCGGCGCCUUCGAAUGUAACAUCUGCCUGGAGCCGGCCCGGGAAGCGGUGAUCGGGCUCUGCGGGCACCUGUACUGCUGGCCCUGCCUGCACCAGUGGCUGGAGACACGCCCCGAGCGCCAGGAGUGCCCCGUCUGCAAAGCUGCCAUCAGCCGCGACAGGGUCGUCCCCCUGUACGGCCGGGGCAGCGCGGGCCAGCAGGACCCCAGGUUGAAGACCCCCCCUCGGCCGCGGGGGCAGCGCCCGGAGCCGGAGAGCCGUGGGGGCCCACCCCACACCUACCACGACACGGGCUUCCACAUGGCCUUUGGCAUCGGAGCCUUCCCCUUCGGUGUCUUCACCACUGUGCUGCGGGGGCCCGAGGCAAGAGCAGAUGAGGCCGGCGCCCCCCGCCCCUCGGGCUGGCAGGAUUCGCUCUUCCUCUUCCUGGCCAUCUUCUUCUUCUUCUGGCUCCUCAGCGUCUGACCCCCUGGGGGGCCCCGCCCCCCCCCAACGCAGCCCCAGGACACUGCCGGACUCACCCCCUGCCCUGAACCACACGGAUGGGGAGGGGGGGUUUCCCCGAUCCCUGUGCCCACCAGGGGCAGCUCUGGAAUUUGGGGAGGGGGUUGAUGGCUGGUUUGGGGGAGAUGUGGACCCCCAAGUGGCUGGGCUUACUCCCGCUUACACUCCCCAAUUUAUAUUGGUCCCCAGUGUGGCGCUCCCCCCCGCCUGGAGCCCGUCUGUGGUACCCCCUGCGGGCUGGCCCAGGAACUGCAGGCUGGAGAGGAUCGCAGCUGGGGGUGUGCCCCGGGUUAGUGGGGGGGGGUUGGGGGGCAGCAGGAGCCCAGGGGGGCUCUCUGGCUCUUGAGAUA